CGCCUGCUCGGGCCAAUACGGUCCGCCCCAGACUGAGUAGGUAACAGCAGUAUUUAUGUGUUUCGGCAUCUUCCUCAUCAGUGACUGUCAUCCCACUGAAGUCACUCCACAGCAUACUAUAAAAUAUUGUGCUUUAUCUGACUUAGGGUUCACAGAUGUAAGGAAAUAAUCAGUGCGUGGACUAAUUGGCAGCACCCACGACCAACGAGAAGCCGACAGGGAGUCGAGGGAACAUCUCCGGAGCGGUUUGUCAAGACAAACAAGUGCUUUAUAUUCCCGAGCGAGCUCAAGUGUGCAGGGCUUGAUCGAUAGGACUGGAAUGUGGCUGUUUCGGCGGAGAUUAGACUGUCGGACGAGCGAAGCCAAAGCACGGGACCGGGAUCUGGGAGAAGCAGGAUGCUGAACCGCGAUCAGGGUAGAUUCAUGUGGACACGUGGUGUACCCUGAUUUCCCAGCCCUUUCCCCUUCCCUCAGUCACCCCUUCCCUUCGACCUGUUCGCUCCGUCCAGUGCACUACGGUCACCAUGACGUCCACCUUGCAGACCCUAGCCUUUAAGCUGGCCCCUCCCUCAAGAGAAGCUGGACCAGAGCAAUUGGAGCCUUGUAGCGAUGGAGCGGGACGACGUUAUGAGGUGGUCCCUUCGGUGGUCUGCUCCAUGUGCUGUCUCUUCGGAAUCAUCUAUUGCUUCUUUGGUUACCGCUGUUUUAAGGCUGUACUCUUCCUCACGGGUCUGAUGUUCGGUUCUGUGAUCAUCUUCCUGCUCUGUUACAAGGAGCGAGUAUUAGACACGCAGCUGAGCAUUGAGGCCAGCGUGGGCAUCGGGCUGGGCAUCGGCACCCUGUGCGGCCUGGUGACUAUGCUGGUACGGAGCGUCGGGCUUUUUAUGGUGGGGCUGCUCCUGGGCCUGCUGGUGGGCAUCGGGACCCUGAUAGGCAUGGAGGAGCUGUCAUCCAAUCCCCCGCGGUCAGUGUGGGUGCCCCUGGGCGUGCUGCUGGGGCUGGGCAUGCUGUUCGCCGUCCUCACCCUGCAGUGGCAGAGAUGCUUCACCACGCUCUCCACAGCCGUGUUCGGGGCUGCAGUGAUCGUCGUGGCCACUGAUUAUUUCGUGGAGCUCUUUGGACUUGUGAGGUACAUUUACGAUCGGGUGAAAACGGGCCCCCGGGAGCCGGUGUGCUGGACUACGUGGGUGGUCCUGGGAGCCUGGCCUGCUCUCGCCCUGCUGGGUGUUUUGGUGCAGUGGAGAGUGACGGCAGAGGGCUACUCCCACACGAAGGUGAUGAUCAGUCGUCAGCAGCGACGAGUUCAGCUCAUGCGUAUUCGUCAGAAGGAGGAGAGGAGGGAAAGCAGCAGGAAGAAAAAAAAGAAGCAGAAGCAGGACUCAAGCCACACACAUGCCGCCAAAGCCCUGCACCCAGAGCCUGCCUACCGCAGGAAACCCAACCCUAUACGACGCUUUGAUGGAGAUGUACUUUCUCCAAGCUACAUCCAGAGUUUUCGGGACAGACAGGUGGAUGGACGAGCUUAUCCAGUGGGCGGGCUGAUGGCUUCAGGUCACACAAGUGUGGAUAUGGACUAUGACUGUGGCUCUACCGUCCCCCUCACUUCUGGGGUUGGACCACAUGUUCGGGUCUGACCACACUCACUAAUUCACAAAUAAACACGUACACAAACACACACACAAUUCUGGUGCUGACCUGACCCUUGGUCCCGCACGCACAGAGGCUUGGGUCUCCUCACCAUUCAGAACCGAACAAUUAAAGCACUUCUAACUAUAAUACUGGACUCAUCCUUCCGAGACCAUUAUUUUAUUAAAGAGCUGCUUUCACGCACAUAAUUACACUAAUACACUUUCCCUGAACAUGUGCCUGAGAUGUGGCAUUCUGUUCACCUAAUAUUGAAACCAUUAUGAGGUGGUCAAAAAAAAAAAAUCAAUCUGGGCUCCAUUCUGUCAAUUUAUUUUCUAAAAACGUCAGUGUAGUGAAUUUAGCGUGUUGCCCGUUCAUCAGUGUUUCACGAUAUUGCGUUUCCGUUUGUUUGUGACAAAUUCAUCAAUUGGUGCUGAAUCUUGUCUUUGUACAAUGACGCUGACUCAUGUCGAAGUCAGCCGCCCUUCCUCUCAUAGUAAAGUCUGUGGACUCCACCAGUCAGUGUCUGUACUGUGAGAUCCCGCAUUCCCGCCCAGGACUGAACCAAAUACUGUUGAGCAGGGGGUGCCUUCGAGACACCAGUAAGAAACUCUCUCAGGAGAAUGCAACUCCUUAGCCUUGUUUCAGAAAGGCUGUAGGGCAAAGAGCCAUAUUACUGCUGAUCAGAGCCACCUGGUCCACUCUGGGAUGCAGAGCUGAACACCUGGUGAUAAAACGAACGAGGACAAGUCAAGAUGAUGGGAAAAAAGUGAAGAUGUUACUCAGGGACGGCGUGAAUGUUAUGGAGUAUUGGGAGAAGAACUACAAAUGACAAGGACACAGAAUGAUGAUGCAAAAAUGAUGAUGAUGUCCCCUCUGAGGCAAGUGCAAAAGGGAUGUCACCAUGACUGUUCAGUUACUGCUGUGUAUAAAACUAGUUUGCAGUGCCAUACAAGUGCACAUUUAUGGUGUCCAAGAGGACAACAUCCUUCUAAAAAGACCCCCGCAAUCCCUUGGGGCAAACUGCAUGACAUAAACACCCCAAUUUUCUUUUUACAAUGCAUUUUCAUGUUCAUCUUCAUACAAAUAAUUGAAAUGAGCAGUUUCUGCCAUGGUGUCUCUCUCU